AUGACCUGGCGUCAUAUUAACAUCACAUUUCCAUAUAAUAUCAAGCUGGGCUUUAUUUUUGGGAACAUCAAGUUUUGUUCUUUCGUUCUGUAUCAUCUAUUCACCGAGAAAACGUCCCAAAGUCAAAAAACCUUCCAGCUUAAUACUGGUGCCCACAUUCCGGCUAUUGGAAUUGGAACAUGGCAGGAUGAGGAUGCCCAGGAGGCCGCAGUUCUUCAAGCACUUCAAACUGGCUAUCGUCAUAUAGAUACUGCGAGAUGCUAUGGUACUGAGCCAGCAGUUGGACGCGCUAUCAAACAGAGUGGUGUGCCGCGGAACGAGAUUUUCGUUACCAGCAAGCUAUGGAACAACAAACAUCACCCCGAGGAUGUUGGUGCAGCAUUGCAACAAACACUAGAAAGCUUAAGCCUUGAAUAUCUCGACCUAUUUCUAAUGCACUGGCCUGUCGCAUUCAAGAGAGGAGACGAUAUGUUUCCUUCUGAUGGAAAUGGUAACUUGAUAACUGACGACAUUGACUAUCUUGACACGUAUAGAGCGAUGGAAGCUCUAGUAACAUCUGGAAAGGCAAAAGCUAUUGGUAUCAGCAACUUCUCGAAGAAAGAGGUUCAGCGUGUCAUUGAUAAUGCAGAAAUUAUUCCAGCGGUCCACCAAAUGGAACUACACCCGUGGCUACAACAAACCGACUUUGUGGAGUUCCACAAAAAUAAUGGUAUUCAUGUGACCCAGUAUUCUCCAUUUGGAAACCAAAACGAGAUUUAUGGCAGCCGUGAGGAUCAUGGUCAGUUAGUGAAUGAUAAAAGCCUUGUUGAGAUCGGGAAGAAAUACGGCAAAACCUCCAACCAAGUCGCUCUAGCAUGGGGCAUAUAUCAUGGUCGAUCUGUCAUUCCAAAGUCCAAGUCACCGGAGCGAAUUAGUCAGAAUUUUGACAUUGCUUUCAAACUUGAGGAUGAGGAUGUCAGCAAGAUUGAUAAGCUUGACAAGAAACUUCGUUUCAAUGAUUCGAGCCAGGACUUCGGAUAUGAGCUCUUCACUGACCUUGAUGGUAAAGUCAAAUGA